CCAGCAGAUCCACACUCACACCCAACUUGGUGUCACCACAGUUCCUUGAGGCCCCAGGUUGUCCCAAUGCACUCCAUGAUUCCAUGAGGCCUCCUAGUGUUACAAUGUCCCUUUGGUUCCAUGGAACCCUUUGGUGUCACAAACUCCCUUGGAUCCUUGGACCCCACAGUGUCACAAUGGCACCAUGGUCCCCCAAGGCACUGCAGUGUCACAGUGGAUCCUUGGUUCCAUGGGGUCUGGCAGUGCAGCAAUGCUCUCCUUGGUUCCCACAGUCUUUUAUGCCUCCCACUCUCAGACAAUAGAAGGGCACCUGUAGAUGAAGGGGAGUAGGAGUAGAUACCUACUCAAGAAGGUAAUAAUAAAAAUUCCUCCUGACCCCCACGCCGAGGCAGGUGCCACUUCAGAACAGGUAUGAGCCCCUGGAUCUGGAGAGUCAGUCAGAUGAUUUAAAUUAUCUGUCCAUUGAGCCUCCCAAUUACGAUUCAUCUGUGAGAGGGAUCGCCACCUCUAACAUCAAAAAGGAACAAAGGGUAAUCAUGGUGGGUGACUCCCUUCUGAUGGGAACAGAGAGCCCCAAAAGUUGACCAGACCCACCCCACAGAGAGGUCUGCUGCCUCCCUGGGGUCUUGGUACAGGAUAUUACUGAGAGACUGCCUGGGCUGAUUCAGCCCUCUGAUUAUUAGCCACUGCUGAUACUCCAGGCUGGCAGUGAUGAGACUGAAAAGAGGAGUGUCAGGGCAAUUAAAAGAGACUUUAGGACACUGGGACAAGUGGGUGAUAGGACAGGGGCACAAGUAGUCUUUUCCUCAGUCCCUUUGGUCUCUGAAAAUAACUGUGAAAGCAAUAGGAGAUGCAUUAUCAACAAGUGGCUCAAGGGUUGGUGUCAUCAGCAGAAUUUUGCAACUUUUAUGGCACCUGGUCUGCUUGGACGAGGCUUCAUCUUUUUGUUAAGGGCAGAAGAAUUUUAUCUCGUGAACUGGCAGAACUUGUCGAGAGGGCUUUAAACUAGGUCUGAAGGGGGAAGGGGAUGCAGCUGGGCUCUCUGGAAGCAGGCCCAAUGGCUGAGUGAGCCUGAAUUAGGGGUGAAAUCAGCAGCCCAGCUGAGGUGCAUGGAUGCCAGUGCACGCAGCAUGGGUAACAAACAGGAAGAGCUGGAGGCCAUGGUCCAGCAGCAGAGCUGUGAUGUAAUUGCCAUCACAGAAACGUGGUGGAAUGACUCACAUGGCUGGAGUGCUGCACUGGAUGGCCACAAGCUCGUCAGGAGAGAGGAAAGGGAGAAGAGGUGGAGGGGUGGCCCUUUAUAUUAGGGAGGCUUUGGACACCACAGGUAUUGAAAGUAAUAAUUAUGGAGUUUAGUUCCUCUGGGUGAGAAUUAGAGGGAAUGCCAACAAGGCUGACAUGCUACUGAGAGUCUGUUAUCAUCCAGCCAACCAGGAAGAAGUGGUGGACAACUCAUUCUAUAAGCAGCUAGAGAACGUUUCUGGAUCAUCAGCCCACGUUCUUGUAGGUGACUUCAACCUUCCAGACAUCUGUUGGGAAGACCAGGAUUUCUCAUUCCCAAACCUUGGCCAGAUGGAGGAGGAGGCUGUGAGGAAGAGGAAGAUGCCCCAGGACACCCAGGCAGACAAGGAGGUGAGGAUGGAGAGCAGGGAGGACAAAUCCCCACAACAGAAACUCGAGGAAGAGGCAGAUUUGAGUGGCUGCACAGGGCAGGAAUCCAAGGGGGAGGAAAAGUCCCAGAGAUCCCGCAGGAGGAGUGGCUGCAAACCCAGCCCAGGUUGCUCUGAGGUGAAAGGCUGCACCCUGAGGCAGGAUGGUGGACACAGCUUCAGGCAGAGCUCGGAGCUGGUGGCCCAUGAGCAGCUUCAUGAUGGGGAGAAGCCCUACAAGUGCUUGGAGUGUGGGAAGAGCUUCAGGCAGAGCAGCACCCUGAUCCACCACCGGAUGAUCCACACCGGGGAAUGGGCCUAUGAGUGUGGGGAGUGUGGGAAGGGCUUGAGGUGCAGCUCAGACCUCGUCAUCCACCAACGCAUCCACAGUGGGGAGAGGCCCUACGAGUGUCCCCAGUGUCAGAAGAGGUUUCGGAGCAGCUCCAAUCUCUUCAUGCAUGAGCGGAUUCACACGGAUGAGAGGCCCUUCCGCUGCCCUGGCUGCGGGAAGGGCUUCAAGUACAACUCCCACCUCAUCAGGCACCGGCGCAUCCACACUGGGGAGAGGCCCUACGAGUGUCCCCAGUGUGGGAAGAGCUUCACCCAGAGCUCUCACUUGACCAGACACCAACAGAGCCACUGGUAAGGGAAGCCCUAUAAAUGCCCCAACUGCAGAAAGAGCUUUGUGUAUUGCCCUAACUUGGUCCCCCCACUGGAGAACCCACAUUGGGAAGAGCCCUGGUUAUCCAUGGUCCCUGUGAUCCAUGCUGGGAAGACACCUGUACCUUUACCUGCUUUUGCCACUGAUAGGAUGCGGGAUUGAAGAACAUGAGUAUGGCCAUGGCCAUGAUGUUACAUUCACUACAACCUUAGGUUAUUGCCAGGGGCAGUCAAGGGACUCUCUCUCUCCCUGAGGAGAAGGGUGUCCUUUCCAGGCCGGAGGAAAUACGUGGCCAGGAAGAGGCGGUUGUUGAUGUUGUAGUUUUCCCUGUAAAUACUUUUACUUAGCUUUCUGUUAUCAAUAUUGUUUCUGUUCCCAUUUGUUGUUUAUCUCAUUGCUGUUCCCAUUAAAUUGUUCUUAUCCCAGCCCGGGAUCUUUGCCUUUUGUGCUUUCCAUGGGAGAUGGGAGGGCAGCAAGUGGCAGCACAGUUUUAGCAGGAGCAGGA